UGCGGGAGAGGCGGCGGGAGGCGCCGGGACCCCCCCGAGACCCGCGGGGCGCCCUGGCCGCCAUGGCGGGGCAUGCCCAGGAGCCGAUGGCCUUCGAGGACGUGGUGGUGUUGCUGAGCCGGGCCGAGUGGGACGCGCUCACGGCGGAGCAGCGGGAGCUGUACCGGGACGUCGUGUCCGACACCUACGAGCUGCUGACCUCCCUGGGUUAUCCAGGCCCCAAGCCUGACAUCCUGCACCGGCUGGAGCGUGGAGAAGAGCCGUGGAUCUGCUCAUCCUCAGGACACACUGAGAGCGGGCUGGAGGAGCCUUCCUCUGGCUGGUGGCCCAGAGCCAGCAGGUACCAGGGGCUGGAGACAUCAUGUCCAGAAUGGAGCACGUUGUGGUGUCUCUGGGACAAGAACUUCCAGAAGUUUGGCAGUCACAAGGGAAGGAGCGAAUUCCCGUCGGAAGCAGACAGUGGAGUGGGGAGACAAACCCAGCCAUGGCCUGUGAAGGAGGAGGUGGAGGAUAAAUCUGAACUCAUGGAAGACUUAACCCACAGUGAGACAUUCCCUCUUCAUUCCAUGAUGGAACAGCAGAGCAUGCGUCCUCGGGAACAGCUAUGGGAUGGCCUUGGCCAGAGGAAUCAUGGGAAUGCCCAAAACCACAGACACGCCUUGGGAGAAGCAAUGCUUCUCCUGGGGACCCGGGGGCUGCGGGUGGAGGAGCUGCGAGCGGCGGUGGCGAAGGACCACGGCUACUGCCUGCGGAGCGAGCCGGGCGCGCCCUGCGCCCCCCAGCCCUGCUCCCUGUGGGAACACAACUACUGCCAGCAGCUCCAGGCCGAGGGGAGCAGCGAGGCCGGGAGGAGCAGCAAGGCCGAGAGGAGCAGCGAGGCCGGGAGGAGCAGCAAGGCCGAGAGGAGCAGUGAGGCCGGGAGGAAUUGCGAGGCCGGGAGGAACUGUGAGGCCAAGAGGAGCAGCCAGGCCGAGAGGAGCAGCCAGGCCGAGAGGAGCAGCGAGGCCGGGAGGAGCAGCCAGGCCGAGAGGAGCAGCGAGGCCGGGAGGAGCAGCGAGGCCGGGAGGAGGCGCAGGGCCAGGAGGAGCCGCAAGGCUGGGAGGAAACGCGAGGUCAGCUCCCUCCAGGCUGCGCAGCGCCAGCUGGCAUGCUGUCAAUGCCGCCGGCGCAGGACGUUCCGGAGAGCCAGGGAGAUCCUGCGGCGCUACCAGCCCUACUGGAGGUUGGGGUUUCCGUGGAGAGACAGCUCCAGCUCCGGCGGCGGCGCUGCGCAGGGGACAAACCCCGGGGUUUAUCCCCCGACGGAUGCGGCCGCGCCGCGCCAGCUCCAGAGUGCCGGGAAUGCUGAGGGGGGGACAUUGGACACGCGACGUGCCCUGGAGGGGAUUUUGGGAACUGGAGGGUCACCCCCUGCCCUAAGCCUGGAUGCAGGGGUGGGGAAGGGAGCGAAGCCUCUGGAGCGUCCCGGUGCCAGGCAGGAGCUUGAAGGAUGCACGGAAGCCCAGAAAUUGCAGGAGGUGUCGCUCCAGAACGUGUUCCGGAACGUGCUGAAGGCGGUCAGGUACAUACUGGACUCCAUGUGCCGGAAGUUGGAGCUCAAGGGGGUCCCCCCAGGGAAGAGCAUCUGGCCCAUCAUCAUCCAGAUCGACAACUUGACAGAGAUGAAGAAGCUCUGA